CUAGAACUCCAAACAGAGAUAGGAAUUGGUUGUUGAUCUGUCAAUCAAUAAAAUGGUCACGUUUUUGGGGCGUGAGCCCUGUUUGUUUUUUCAAUUGGCCCGAGACGCUGGCAGUCUGCGUUCGUUGUGAGGUGUGGGAGGUGGCGAGUGACUGUUGCUAAAAAAAAAUGUCCUUCGUGCCUGAUGGCAAAAAGCUGGUCCGCAGUCCGAGCGGACUUCGUAUGAUACCGGAGAACGGAGCCUUCAGCAGCCCCUUCUCGCUGGACGAGCCGCAGUGGGUGCCAGACAAAGAGUGCCCAAGAUGUAUGCAGUGCGACACAAAGUUUGACUUUCUCACAAGGAAGCAUCACUGUAGGCGCUGUGGGAAGUGUUUCUGUGACAAGUGCUGCAGUAAGAAAGUGCUUCUCCCUCGGAUGUGCUUUGUGGACCCGGUCCGACAGUGUGCAGAAUGCAGCCUCGUCUCACAGAAGGAGAUGGAGUUCUACGACAAGCAGAUCAAAGUGCUCACGAACGGUGCCACUUUUACUGUGACUUUGGGCACCUCGGAGAAAUCGGAAUCCAUGGUCUGUCGGCUGUCUAACAACCACAGGUAUCUCUUUCUCGAUGGGGACAGCCACUUCGAAGUUGAGCUCUCCCGUGUCUCGAGUUUUCAGAUCCUAACAGAGGGGUUCACCCCAGGAGAAAAAGAUAUUCACACUUACACCAGCCUGCUGGAGAGUCAAUAUAUUACUGAAGGGGGUAACACUCGUGCCAGUGGCAUGCUGCUUCAGUAUAAAGCAGUAGGAUCCCAGGAUCUGCAGCAACUCAAGCUGAAUGCCAGAGAAGAUAACAAGACUGCCUCAGCCUGGCUAGUAGCAAUGCAUAAGGCUGCAAAACUUCUGUAUGAAUCACGGGACCAGUGACAGCUGAGAUGCGGAUAUAUUGACAUGAAGACAAAGGCUGCUCAAGUAUUACAUUGUUUCUAGUCUGACACAAAUUUUGAAAAUGCCUCUAUUUGCUUUUUUCCCCUUUCGUUUAUUUACAUAAUUGAUUACUAUUUUGAGUAUUCUGGGGAUCUAGUGCAAUAUAUACAGUUUAUUACUGCUUUAAAUGUAGUCUCACGUUUUCAAUUUUGUAAAAAUAUUUGGUUAAAUAUUACUAUUUUAACACUCGUAACGACAGGAUACAUACCUUUUUUAUGCCCCUGCGUUUUUUGUAGCACUUAUGUAAACUUCUUUUCCUACAUGAUAAAGUACACAUUUUUGUUAAUUGAUUAAAGUAUUGUAACUCAAAGAAAAUAUUGCACUGCUAAUAACUUUAUACAGAUUAAUUAGAUUAGAAUACACAGUUUUAUUUCCCUGAAAGGGUAGGGAAAGAGAACAUAAUGCAAUGCAUUAAAAUCAAUUAUUUGUAUACAUCCUAUGAAUAUGUAAGGUUCAGUUGUGUACCAAUGAGAAAGGUUAAACAUUGGGACUAAAGCGCUUGCUGGAAAUUCAUUCAAAUGAGUAUGGCCUUUUUGCCUGCAUUGUUUGUGAUCGUUGAAAUCUCUUAUGUGUCUUCCUAGUUUCCCCAACUGCAGUCUCCAGAGUGUUUUUUACCAAGUUUUGAGUUCUAAAAUAUUUUGACAAGGGCAUGGUUAAGAGGUUUGCCAGUUAUGGGUUUGUGGCUUGAGUGAAUUGUGUUGCAUUGUUUAAUGGUUCCUAAUCGUGGUCAUUAGAGACUGUAAAUAGAUCUGCUUCACCUGUACAAAUGGAGAGCUGUUUUUAUUGUGUGUACAUCUUUUAAUAAAAAAAAAAAGGCAUUUUAAGUGCCUGCAUUUGA